UCGCCAUCGUCGCUGCCUCGAAGCUUCCUCAAAUCCCGACGCGACGCUGUGUUCACACCAAUCCCACACGUUUCUUUUUUCUAUCUAUCUAAUCUUGCUGCUGCAGCAGCAGGAGAUCGAUGUAAUCUGUGCGCGGCUGACCCGACGGGUUUCCCCAUCCAAUUUUUUUGUACUUUGACUUUCGCCGUGUUCACAUUUUCAUUCACACAUUCCGUCUGUCCGUCAUCUUCGCUUGCCGUAUCGUAUCUAUAGGCAUCUCUUUUUCCAUUGGAAAGUAACCCUGACCUACCUGACUGCUCUCCUCCUCUUUAUUGCGUGAUUGUUUUUAUACCAAGAGCAGACCGAGAAAUGAACGAGAGCCACAAUCAGCAGAGGAAGAGAGGGAGAAGGGAGAAAGCCAGCGAAAGCGUUGCUGCUGCUGCUGCUGGGGUUUUGGGUGCGGAUGUUGACGAGGACAAAAAACACGUCAAAACCAAAGGGUUGAACGAGAUCAUAACUUCUCUGAUUUUGCUUGAUGAUCAAGAAAAGAACGAUCUUCAAGAAUCGGACCAGGCCUGCCAAGAAGAAAGGCUUCAAUUCGAAGAAAACCACACCCAGAAAACCCGAGCCAUGAUGGAUUAUUACUCCAAACUCCAGGAUUUUCACAAAGACGCCGAGCGCGCCGAAGGCGCCAGGAAAAGAAAAGCAAAGGACAACGCUCUAGCCGCCACAAACGUCGCUGCAAUGGCCAUUGGUGCGGCGAGCGCCGACGAUUCAGUCUCCGCCGAUCGAGACUCCGCCGCCGCCGCAUCCGCCGUGAACGAGAAACCCCCGGCGGCCGGGCCUCAGCGGCGCCUCUGGGUUAAGAGCCGAUCAAAAGAUUGGUGGGAUCAAUGCAACAGUCCUGAUUUUCCCGAGGAGGAGUUUAAGAAGGCUUUCAGGAUGGGGAAGGAAACAUUCGACUUGAUUUGUAGCGAGCUAAGCUCUGUGGUGGCCAAGGAGAAUACUAUGCUGAGGGAUGCCGUCCCUGUGAGGCAGCGAGUUGCGGUCUGCAUAUGGCGGCUGGCCACCGGCGAGCCACUCAGACUGGUGUCUAAGAAGUUCGGAUUGGGAAUAUCAACGUGCCAUAAGCUUGUCCUGGAGGUGUGCUCCGCCAUUAGGAAUGUGUUGAUGCCCAAAUAUCUGAGAUGGCCCGAUGAGGAGAGCGUGAGGAGGAUAAAGGAGGAAUUCGAGUCGAUGUCGGGGAUAUCCAAUGUUGUUGGUUCCAUGUACACAACGCACAUACCCAUCAUUGCUCCUAAGAUCAGUGUCGCCGCCUAUUUCAACCGGAGGCAUACCGAGAGGAAUCAGAAGACAUCGUAUUCGAUUACUGUCCAGGGCGUUGUUGAUCCGAGGGGAGUUUUUACGGACGUCUGCAUUGGCUAUCCGGGUUCAAUGCCUGACGAUCAAGUGCUGGAGAAGUCCACACUUUUUCAGCGGGCGAACGCAGGGUUCUAUCAGGGAGCAUGGAUUGUAGGUGGCUCUAGUUACCCAUUGAUGGACUGGGUAUUGGUGCCGUAUACGCAGCAGCACUUGACAUGGACUCAGCACGCAUUCAACGAAAAGAUUGGGGAGAUUCAAAGGAUUGCUAAAGACUCGUUCGCAAGAUUGAAAGGUCGAUGGGGGUGCUUGCAGAAAAGAACUGAGGUGAAACUUCAGGACUUGCCGGUGGUGCUCGGCGCUUGCUGCGUGCUGCAUAACAUAUGCGAGCUGAGGAACGAGCGAUUGGACCCGGAGCUUGAGUUUGAGCUGAUCGAUGAUGAGAUGGUUCCAGAGAUCGGGUUGAGGUCGGGGAAUGCAAUGAAGGCUAGGGAUGCAAUUGCUCAUAAUCUCUUGCAUCAUAACCAUGCUGGCACUUCAUUCCUUUCGUAAGAUUAGUUCUUCAUCAAAUCGAUCACCAUUUCAAAUUGUUUCUGAAACAGACAGACAAACAUUCAUUUACUUCUCUAAUGUUUUCCAUGAUAAAUGCUUAUUGUAGAUUGAUUUCAUUAUACACACACAAAACAGAAAAGAUACAUACAUACAUACAUGUUUUUAGAGUUGGUUAACUUUUAUGUAGGAUGAUUGUUUUAUCGUACUAGUAUUAUAUACUUCCUAAGCAUUGUAUUAUUCAAUACCAUAAAAAUAUUUCAAAGUUUCCUCUUUU